CCUAAAGUCCCUGUUCUGAUUGGUCACUGACCCUGGAGACCCUGCUCUGAUUGGUCACUGAUGCCCGAGCUCCGCCCCCUCAUUAGCAGAGCCUCAUUAAAGCUGCAGCUGCCACCAGAGGCCAGGGGGAAUCAUUGGGGACCCUGUAGGCGCCCCUAUACUUUGGUCCCCAGCCCUAUAGGGGACACUGGAGGUUCUCUGCACAUCACUCCCCAGCCCUAUAGGGGAUACCCAGCCCUAUAGGAGGCCUUAUGCAUCACUCCCCAGGCCUAUAGGGGCCAGUGGGGCCUCCCAGCGGCGCAGCAGAGCCCGGCAGGGGUCGCUAGAGGGUUCCUAUAGGGCUCCCGCGGCCGCCAUAGGGCUCCUAUAGGUGUUCCAUAGGCUCCUAUAGGUCCCUACGAGCGAGCGGCGGGGUGUCUCCCCGAACCACGUGACCCCAGUGGCUCCGCCCACCUCCCGUAGCCCUUUGAUUCCCCCUCAGCGGACGGAACCAUCGCAGCACCGCGGGGCGGGGGGGAAAAGCGGUUCCCCCCCUCCCCCCCCCCGCCCGGAAGUGGCACGCGCCGGCCGAGGUUAUAAAAGGCGGGCGGGGGCAGCGGGGCCGCAGUCGCCACGUGGACGGGGAAGCGCAGGGGCCGCGAUGGCGUCCAACGAUUACAGCCAGACGGCGACGCAGAGCUACGGCGCGUACCCGGCGCCGCCGGGGCAGGGCUACGGGCAGCAGGGCAGCCAGCCCUACGGGCAGCAGAGCUACGGCGCCUACGGCCAGAGCAGCGACGGCGCCUACGGCCAGAACAGCUACGGCUCCGGCUACGGGCAGAGCCAGAGCGGCUACAACACGCAGUCGGCGCCCCAGGGCUACGGCAGCGGCGGCUACGGCAGCGGGCAGAGCUCGCAGAGCUCCUACGGCCAACCCUCCUCCUACCCCAGCUACUCACAGCCGCCCACGGGGGGGGGCAGCUCCGGAAGCUACGGGAGCAGCUCGCAGAGCUCCAGCUACGGGCAGCCCCCCCCCAGCAGCGGCUACAGCCAGGGGGGGUACAGCGGGGGCCAGGGGGGGUACGGCCAGCAGGGCUACACCCCCAGCAGCAGCUACAGCCAGCAGGGCCAGUACAGCAGCAGCACCUCCAACAGCUACGGGCAGGAGCAGCCGGCGCUGGGCGGCGGGUACCAGGACUCCAGCGGCGGUUACGGGCAGCAGGAGCGGAACCGCGGCCGCGGCGGCUACGGCCGGGGGGGCUACGAGCGGGGGGGCCGCGGCAGCCGGGGCGGCCGCGCAAACAACAUGGGCGGUGGUGAGCGCGGUGGCUUCAAUAAAUUCGGUGGACCUCGGGACCAAGGGCUGCGGCACGAUCCUGGCGAGCAGGAUAACUCGGACAACAACACCAUCUUCGUGCAGGGCCUGGGCGAGAACGUCACCGUCGAGUCGGUGGCCGAUUACUUCAAACAGAUCGGCAUCAUCAAGACCAACAAGAAGACGGGGCAGCCCAUGAUCAACCUGUACACGGACCGCGAGACCGGGAAGCUGAAGGGGGAGGCGACCGUGUCCUUUGACGACCCCCCCUCGGCCAAGGCCGCCAUCGACUGGUUCGACGGCAAGGAGUUCUCCGGGAACCCCAUCAAGGUGUCGUUCGCCACCCGCCGCGCCGACUUCAACCGCGGGGGCGGCCGGGGCGGCCGCGGCAGGGGAGGCCCCAUGGGCCGCGGCGGCUUCGGCGGCUCUGGCUGUGGCUCCGGCCGCGGGGGCUACUCGAGCGGGGGAGGGGGCCAGCAGCGCGCCGGCGACUGGAAGUGCCCCAACCCGGCCUGUGAGAACAUGAACUUCUCGUGGCGCAACGAGUGCAACCAGUGCAAGGCCCCCAAACCCGAGGGGCCCGGCGCCCCACACAUGGGGGGCAAGUACCCCGGGGGGGCGCCCCGCGGAGCCAAUCACAUGGGUGGCGGUGGCGGCUUUGGCGAGGAGCGGCGCGGUGGCCGCGGCGGAUUCGAGCGCGGCGGCUACCGGGGCGGCCGGGGCGGCGAGCGCGGCGGCUUCCGAGGGGGCCGGGGAGGCGACCGCGGCGGCUUCGGACCCGGGAAGAUGGACUCCAGGGGCGACCACCGGCAGGAUCGCCGCGAGCGGCCCUACUGACCCCCCCCCCCGCACCCCCUCACGUUUUUUACUUGGGUCCCCUCUCCCCGGCCCCGCCCCCUGCGGGGUCCCCCCGCUUUUAACCCCCCUCCCCCUCCUGCCCCCAUUAAAGUCUGUGGGACAA